AUGGCGGCGCCCGUCCUGCCUCUGCAGCAGGUUAAGCUCGCCUCGUUGCCCUCAACGCAAUUAACACCCGAGCAGCAAUACUGGCGGACCUUCAAAAAUCCUCUUCUGAUUCCCUCCCCGGCCAAUGGACCGGUAAACCUCAUCACUCAGCCAUCCAUCCCCUCCUCCGCUGCAGCAUUCCCUUCUCUCACACAACCGCCUGAUGUCUUCACCGUCACAACAGGCGCACGAGUCCAGAUCUACUCCAUCCGUACGCGGAAACUUCUGCGAACCCUCACACGAUUUGAAGAUACCGUGCGCGGCACCGAUGUCCGUCCCGACGGCCGUGUUCUGGUUGCAGGUGACGAUACCGGCGCUGUGCAGGUCUUCGACGUCAAGUCGCGCGCCAUCCUGAAGACAUGGAAAGAACACAAGCAGCCCGUGUGGGUGAGCAAGUUUUCGCCCAGCGAUCCCACAUCAGUGCUCACGGCUAGUGACGACCGCACCGUGCGCAUGUGGGACUUGGCUUCUCAGACUAGCUCGCGCACCUUUGUCGGUCACACCGAUUACGUCCGUACUGGUGCUUACAUGCCUGGUUCUAUGGCUUCUUCCGGUCUGGUGGUUUCUGGUUCCUAUGAUCGUACUGUUCGUCUGUGGGAUCCCCGUGUGGCGAACCGUGCUGCUAUGACUUUCAAGAUGGGCGCGCCGAUCGAGAGUGUCCUGCCCAUGCCUGCUGGCACUACGGUUCUGGCGGCCGCCGAUAACAAGAUUGCCGUGUUGGACAUUGUUGCUGGUAAGCCUUUGCACAUGAUUCAGAGCCACCAGAAGACCGUCACUGCUCUUGCGCUGGCUUCAAAUGGUGAGCGUUUGCUCUCUGGUGCGUUGGAUGGACACAUGAAGGUCUUCGAGACUACAGGAUGGAACCCCGUUUCUGGAUCUAAGUACCCAUCGCCUAUUCUGUCGCUGCGUGCGAUCACUUCUGGAACCGAAUAUGAAGACAAGCACAUUGCUGUCGGUAUGCAGUCUGGUCUGCUGUCUAUCAAGACCCGCCUGUCCGGCCAACAAAAGAUCAAGGAGAAGGAACGCCGGAAGGAAAUGGCCGCUCUGUUGGAGGGCAAGUUGGAAGAGCAUGACAAGGAAAUGGCCAAGAAGAAGAAGACCCGCGGUUCUGGAUGGGACAAGCGUCUGCGCGGACGUGAUUUCAUCGGAGAAGGUGUUGAAAUCGUCAUCGAAGGCCAGGACAGCAAGAAGCGCAAGAGAGAACAGUCAUGGGAGGCCGAUCUCCGCAAGGCUCGCUACGCUGUUGCUCUGGACCAGGUCCUCGCCUCGGGCGACAAGACCUCCACCCUCACAUGUCUCACAGCCCUCCGCCACCGCUCUGCCCUGCGCGAGUCCCUGAAGGACCGCGAUGAGGUCACUCUCCAGCCCGUCCUCCAGUGGGUCCACAGCCACAUCCGCGAACCCCGUCUGGUCGAUCUCAGCGUCGAGGUCGCCAUGAACCUCCUCGAUAUCUACUCUGGCAAUCUCGGCCAGUCCACACAGAUUGACAAGAUCGUUGAGCGUCUGCAUACGCGCGUACGCAAUGAGGUGGAGAUGGCCCAGCAGGCAUGGCAGACGAAGGGAAUGCUGGAUAUGUUGAAGGCAACCUGA